AUGGCUUCACCUAGUCGCCAAGCGCAGCGAUUUGUAUCUGGGGUUCGCCCUCGUGCGUGGGUUUUCUCAGCUCACUGUCACAAUGGCCCUUCCAAGGUAGGCCGGCGUGCUGUGUCCAGUUCCGCUGGCUACCAAACUCGUCGACCGGCCUGGACGCCAGUCUGGGCAGGAGCUCUGGCCCUUAUUAUCGGGGCGCCAUUGGCAAUCCAAUCAGUGAGUUAUGGAAUGCUUAAUUUGAUGCUUAAUUUCUCGCAUCCAAUGGCUCAUCAUGACUCUCAACCACAGGCAACAACGAACGGAGCAAGCCUCGACGCAACGACUCUGGCAGAAAAAGAUGCCCAGAAAAAGAGGGAAGCGACAAUCAACGAGGAUUCCCCGAUGAGGCUUCGAAUGGAGAAAUUCAUCAAGGAACAACAACAGGUCAUCGUCAAAGAACUUGAAAAAGUGGACGGCAAAAGAUUCCGGAAGGAUGAGUGGACUCGAGACAAUGGCGGUGGCGGCAUAUCUUGUGUUCUCCAAGACGGCAACGUAUUUGAGAAGGCUGGUGUCAACAUCAGUGUGGUAUACGGUUCUCUCCCAAAACCUGCCAUACAAAAGAUGCACGCAAACCACAAGAUGCUCGAUCCAAGUGUAGAGUCCCUCGACUUCUUCGCCGCCGGCCUGAGCAUGGUUCUGCACCCCAAGAAUCCAAUGGCACCCACGGUCCACCUCAAUUACAGAUAUUUCGAAACAGCGAACCCAGAUGGAUCAUCCCAAGCGUGGUGGUUUGGUGGAGGUAGUGAUCUGACACCUUCGUACCUCUUUGACGAAGACGCCAUCCAUUUCCACAAGACACUAAAAUCCGCUUGCGAUUCACAUGACAAGACAUACUAUCCACGUUUCAAGAAGUGGUGCGACGAGUACUUUUAUAAUAAGCACCGAGGCGAAUGUCGCGGCAUUGGAGGUAUCUUUUUCGAUGACCUCGACGACUCAGAACGUGACCAAGAGAACACAUUCGCCUUCAUCCAGGACUGCUUGAAAUCAUUUAUACCAUCAUAUCUUCCCAUUUUGGAAAAACGCAAGGAUAUGCCGUUUACGGCAGAAGAGAAGGACUGGCAGCAAAUUCGGCGUGGCAAGUAUGUUGAAUUCAAUCUUGUGCACGAUCGGGGGACUGCCUUUGGACUGAACACUCCGGGAUCGCGAGUGGAAAGCAUACUCGUCAGCUUACCGCUUACCGCGAGCUGGAAGUAUAUGCAUGAGCCAGAACCAAAAAGUAGAGAACAGCGCCUCGUAGACGUUCUGAAAGACCCGAAGGACUGGGUUUGA